UGUACAUUUCUGUAGAAUGAUUCUCUCUAUUUCUCUGUGUGAUGGUAAAGAGGCGUGAACUAAUCCGUCUGUCAUCGUAUAAGAAGUAGAGGGGUUCGUCAGAAGAACUGUAGUUCAGAGUUCCAGCAGGACAGAAUGGAGCCCACCUUGCUCUGUGUGUUACUCUUGCUGAAUACACACAUCAACUCUGGACACUCUGAAGAUGAUGAUGGAGUGGCAAAGGCUGUUCUGACCAUACACCCCAACAGCUCCCAGAUAUUCAGUGGAGAGUCUGUCACUCUCAGAUGUGUCAUACAGGGGGGAGGAGUCACUGACUGGGAGUACAGAUGGUUAAAACCCAGUACAGAUCAAUGUCCACAGAAAGAACAUGAAUGUAUUAUCAGUGCAGCUGAGUUUUCCCACAGUGGUGACUACAGUUGUCUGGGAUCACAUCAGCAGCAGGAUUCUAAAUGGAGUGAUGCAGUCAGACUGACAGUGACACCUCUGCCCAAAGCUACACUGACUGUGAAGCCAAACCCUGUGUUCCCUGGGGAGACAGUUACUCUGACGUGUUCAGUAGAGUCUGACAGUAGCUGGAACUAUCAGUGGUACAAAGACAGGAAUGAUAAUGUAGUAUCCCAGUCUGUCAGUCACACUCUCACUAUCAAUGGAUCAACAGUGAAUGAGGGUCCCUACUGGUGCCAGGGAGAGAGAGACUCCAGACCCACUUCUUCAUCCAUCAGUGACCCUGUCACUAUCACUGUCAAUGCUCUGCCUGAGGCCUCAGUGAGUGUCUCUCCUCAGGGUCUCCUCUACUCUGGAGAGACAGUCAGUCUGCAGUGUGUCAUACCUGGCUACACAGACUGGAUGUACCUCUGGUUCAGAGACAACCAACAGCUACCCAGUCAGACCAGUAAAAGCAUCACAUUCCCCAUCACUCAGACUGGUCAGUACAGAUGUAAAGGGAAGAGGAGAGAUCAUCCCCAGAGGUCACAUCCCAGUGAUUAUGUCACCAUAAGUGUCACUGCCUUUCCCAAAGCUACACUGACUGUGAAGCCAAACCCUGUGUUCCCUGGAGAGACAGUUACUCUGAUGUGUUCAGUAGGGUCUGACAGUAUCUGGAACUAUAAGUGGUACAAAGACUGGAAUUAUAAUGUCGUAUCCCAGUCUGUCAGACACACUAUAACAGGAGACACCCUCACCAUCAGUAGAGCUGCUGAGUCUGACCAGGGUCUCUACUGGUGUCAGGGAGAGAUCCAGUCCAGAUCCAUAUCAUCAAUCAUCAGUGAUCCUGUCACUAUCACCCUGAAUGCUCUACCCAGAGCAUCAGUGAGUAUCUCUCCUCAGUUUGUCCUCUACCCUGGAGAUACAGUCACUCUGCAGUGUGACAUAUCAGACUACACAGACUGGACGUACUACUGGUUUAUAGACACCCAUCACCUUCCCAGUCAGACCAGAAAAACCAUCGCCAUCUCUCUCCCUGACAAGGCUGGUCAGUACAGGUGUGUUGGGACGAGGAAAGGUCGGCCCCAGAUGUCAAAUCACAGCUCAGCUCUCCCCAUCAUCAUCACUGCUCUGCCCAAAGCUACACUGACUGUAAAACCCAACCCUGUGUUCCCUGGAGAGACAGUUACUCUGAUGUGUUCAGUAGGGUCUGACAGUAUCUGGAGCUAUAAGUGGUACAAAGACAGGAAUUAUUAUGUAGUAUCCCAGUCUGUCAGACACACUAUAACAGUAGACACCCUCACCAUCAGUAGAGUUGCUGAGUCUGACCAGGGUCUCUACUGGUGUCAGGGAGAGAUCCAGUCCAGAUCCAUAUCAUCAAUCAACAGUGAUCCUGUCACUAUCACCCUGAAUGCUCUGCCCAUGGCCUCAGUGAAGAUAGUCACUCCACUGGGUCUCCUCUACCCUGGAGAGACAGUCACUCUGCAGUGUGACAUAUCAGACUACACAGACUGGACGUACCGCUGGUUCAGAUACAAUGAAGAGCUUCUCACUAAGACCAGGAAAAACACCAUCUCUCUCCCUGACCAGGCUGGUCAGUACAGUUGUGUUGGGACGAGGAAAGGUCGGCCCCAGAUGUCAUAUUACAGCUCAGCUCUCCCCAUCAUCAUCACUGCUCUGCCCAAAGCUACACUGACUGUAAAACCCAACCCUGUGUUCCCUGGAGAGACAGUUACUCUGACGUGUUCAGUAGGGUCUGACAGUAGCUGGAGCUAUAAGUGGUACAAAGACAGGAAUGAUAAUGUAGUAUCCCAGUCUGGUUACAGUAACAUUGGAGUCUCUCACAUCAGUAGAGCUGCUGAGUCUGACCAGGGUCAGUACUGGUGUGAAGGGAACAGUGUGUCUAGACCCACAUCUUCACAACCAAGUAAUGCUAUUACUCUUACUGUAAAAGAUAGUCGUCCGACGGCCACACUGAGUUCAGACAACCAGGGUGUAUUCACAGGAGACAAUGUGACACUGAGAUGUACUGUAGAGUCUCCUGGAUGGAUGUUUUACUGGUACAAACACAGACCAGACUUUACACCAGUAACCACAACCUCUGGAUACUCCUACACACUCAGCGGGGUCAGUGUCUCUGAUGGAGGACAGUACUGGUGCAGAGCUGGGAGAGGAGACCCAGUCUACUACACCCUGUACAGUGGCCCAGUCCAGAUAAACAUUACUGAGAGGCCUGUUGCUGUUCUGACCCUCCAACCAAACUGGACCCAAAUAUUCAGUGGAGAGACUGUUACUAUGAGAUGUGACAUACAGGGAGGAGGAGACACUGACUGGAACUACAGAUGGUAUAAGAAUAGUGAGUUAGUGAUCCUAUUUAACACAAAGACUGAGUACAGAAUCAGUCCUGUCUACAGGUCUAACAGUGGUUCAUAUACCUGUGAGGGUGUAAAGGGUAACAAGCUCUCCAAGACCAGUGAUGCUGUACAACUGACUGUGUCUGAUCAACCCAAGGCUGUCCUGAGUAUCUCUCCUCAGUGGCUGAACCCUGGAGACUCAGUGUCUCUGAGUUGUGAAGUUGACAAGACGUCAACAGGCUGGAGGUUCUCCUGGUACAGGACUGUUCCCUACAGAGCUGGGUCACCCUCCCUAUCAGACAGGUCUUACUCUCUACAGCCCCUAUCUGACAAUGUGACUAGUGAAGACUCCUACACUCUGAUCCCUGCUGGUCCUACUCCCACAGGAGGAUAUGUGUGUAGAGCUGGGAGAGGAGACCCAGUCUAUGACACACUCUACAGUCAACCUCAGUUUCUCUGGUCAGGAGAUCUGCAGCCUUCAGUGUCUCUUACAGUAAAUCCCAACACAACUCAACACUUUACAUCAAUGUCUCUCUCACUGAGCUGUGAAGAGAAGGGGAACUCUACUGGAUGGAGACUGAUGAGCUACAGAGAGAGAAGAGUGACGUCGGGGUGUUUCUCUAACUGGGGAUUCAUAGCAGGGUCUACAUGUACCAUCAGCUACACAUACACAUUGUCCAGUGGAGUGUUCUGGUGUGAGUCUGGAUCAGGAGAGUACAGUAAUGCUGUCAACAUCACAGUAAAUGAUGGUGAUGUGAUCCUGGAGAGUCCUGUCCAUCCUGUGACUGAAGGAGACACUCUGACUCUGACCUGUACAUUUAGACAUCAGGGAACAAAUCCUAAACUCAAGACUGAUUUCUACAAAGAUGGAACACUCAUCAAGAAUGAGACCACAGGAGAGAUGACCAUCCCUACAGUAUCCAAGUCAGAUGAAGGAUUCUAUAAGUGUACAUCUGAUGAAGGAGAAUCACCAGAGAGCUGGGUGACAGUGAGAGUCUCUCCAGUCGUAGCUCCUGGAUCCUCUACAUCAGUCCUAGUAGGAGUGGUUGUGGGUCUGCUUGUUGCUGGUGUCCUACUGGUCAUUAUCCUGGUCCUGCUGGUGAGAUAUCAAAACAGCAAAGGUUCCUGUUUCAACAGAAUAUUCUGGCCCCCUCAGCCCCAGAGCACCAACCAUGACCCCAAACAGGACCAAGGAUCUGGGUAUACACAUCAGCAGCAUGGUGACGCUAACAUCUACGAUACGAUCAAUUCCUCAGACAACAAUGAUAAUGAUGCUGCUGGUGCUUCUGCUGCUGGACCAAGUCAUGUGACUUACACCCAGAUUCAACUGAAAAAGUUGGACAACAAAAAGAAAGAAAAACUAGCUGAUCCAGCUAAAGAUCCAGUCUACUCUGUGGUGAAAACAAGCAAAGCGACAGCAGCAGCUGGACCUGAUGAUGUCACCUAUGCUGAGGUUGACCUCAAAAACAAGGCCAAAGCCAAGAAGAAGAGAGCAGCAGCUGGACCUGUUGAUGUGACCUAUGCUGAGGUUGACCUCCAAAGAAAGGCCAAAGCCAAGAAGAAGAGAGAAACACCAACCCCACCAGAGACAGAUUCAGUCUAUUCUCUAGUGAAGCCAUACACAGUCCCCGCAGCAGCAAGACCUGUUGAUGUGACCUAUGCUGAGGUUGACCUCCAAAAGAAGGUCAAAACCAAGAAGAAGAGAGCAACCCCACCCGAGGCAGAUUCAGUCUAUUCUCAAUUGAAGCCACGGUCAUGCCCCGGUCAUUGAGGGAGAUGGAGGGACACAUCAUCAGAGGAGGAGCAGGAAAUAUCUGGGAAUAUAGAUUAUUCACACAUGCGCACAGACACACAAGCACACCCACAGAUACACACAUAAAGGAUUUUUAUAUAUCUAUAUAUAUAUAUCAACAAAUAUAUUUGAUUUAAUAUUGGUUUAACUGUGUAUAACUGCAACAGGUUUUGAAACAAUGAUAUGGUGUUAUGCUUAUUAUCUGUAGCUACAGCAAGUGUAUUGUGUAUUAAAUUGUGUAUUGAGUUGUUGUGUUGUAAAUCUA